CAUGGACUGUCAGGAGGGAGAGAACCAGCAGGGGUUGGGGGGAUAGAAACACCUCUCGGUCCUCAGGGUAUAUAAGCACGGCGUCGGGUCUUCUCCUCACAGUCGACUCAUCCUCACUCACCAACAUGAAGCUCGCCAUCUUCGCUUGCCUGCUGGCUCUCGCCCUCGCCCGCCCCCAGUCCCCUGGGGACGCCCAGACUCUCCGCAGCGAGAACAUCAACGAAGGCAACGGCGUCUUCCAGUACAACUUUGAGACAGACAACGGCAUCGUGGUGGAGGCUAGCGGCACCCCCAACGCGGAGGGCAGCAGCGACAUCGCGGGCACCUACAGAUUCCCUCUCGGCAGCGGACGGUUCCUCGAGGUGACCUACUCUGCCGACCAGAGAGGAUACAGGCCCUCCACCAGGUACGUCAGCCAGAGGAAGUAAGAAGCGAGGCGACCCACACACCGCGGCUCACACGUCACGUCUCCACACCAUACGCUACCCCGCUCCACUUGAGACAUGAAGACGCCUCUCCUACACAUACAAACACACGAUAUCUGCACGUAGGAGGAUGGUUGUCCCCGUAUUCCGUCUUCCCUUUCUCGUCACUUCCUUUCACUUUUCUUCCUGACUGACUCCACCUUCCACAGUCUUCGCAUCUUAGCAUCUUCUCGCAUUCUCCGUCUAUCUGUUCUACACUAUUCAUUCGUCUCGCUGUGGACUUAACGAGCACCUUUCCCGGGGGUUUGUUCCACGCGAUGUACACGAUCUACUGUUGUUAUUUUUAUUUCUUUUGUUUUCGCAGCAAAUAAAUGCUUUUCCAUA